AUGGCGGCAGCUAGGCGGAUACAGUUGCUGCAGAUGAAAUAUCAUACAGCAUGUCGUAGUAUGGAUGUGUUGGAUGGAUUGGCUCGUAAUCCCGAAUUGUCUUCGGAACAAGAAGGUGAUUUUCUCGUGCGGUUUCAAGAUUUAGAGAAAGUUUAUGAGGCAUUUACGGAAAUGUUUUAUGAACUUCAGCUCUCUGCUGCGGAUAUAGAGAGCUUUGAUUUGGAAAGUCAUCUUCAGGAGUACGAAGCGUACAACAAGAAAUAUUACUUUAUAAAACAACGCCAUUUAGGGUUGACUAAUUUGAACGCUUCAGCUAACGCGGACAAUAGCUGUAGCAGCGGUAACGGUAAUGACAAUCCUAAAAGCGCGCGGAAUAGGGCAGUUCUCCCUAAAGUCAAACUUCCUACCUUUGCGGGACAGGUGGAAGAGUUUGUUUCUUUUAUGGAAUUGUUCCAAUCUUUGGUGGGCAAUGAUACCACCUUAUCGGAUACUGAAAAAAUGUAUUAUUUAGCGGGGUCGCUUUUAGGUGAACCAAAGUCCUUGAUCCAGCAUUUGUCGGUCAUAGGAGAUAAUUAUUCGGUUGCGAUUGAUUUGUUAAAUGCACGGUACAACAACAAAAGGUUGUUAGCGGAUCGUUUGUUGCACAAUUUGUUAAGUGCACCUCAUGUCACCACUAAAGGGGCAAGUGGUUUAAAAAUGUUUUUAAAUACUUUAAUUGAAAACACAAAGGCCUUGGAAAAGAUGCAGUUUCCUGUUGAUUCGUGGUGCUAUUUGCUGUUUUAUAUUAAUUUUCAAAAGUUAGACGGCAACUUGAAGAAACAUUUUGAAGAUAAGCACGCCGAUAAAGAGUUACCCACAUUCUCGGACCUUAUAAAGUUUUUGGAAACCGAAAUACGGAUUUUGGAAUCCAGUGCGGAGCCACAGGCCAGUACGUCAGCGGGAAGGCGUAGUGGAAGUGGACUGAGCCAUGCGGUAAAGGCUCAUGCGGCAUUCGAGGGUGCGGGUUCGGCGUCGGCGUGUCGACUGUGCGGAAAAAGCGGACACUUCAUUGCAAGGUGUGAAAAAUUCCUGGAGAUGAAACCUGCGGCUAGGAAGCGUGAGGUGGUAUCGCUCAGGUUGCGCUUCAAGUGUUUAAAUGGUCACAACAUUAACCAGUGCACUUAUAACAAGAACUGUUACAAGUGUAAUUCGGCUAAACACCAUUAUUUAUUACAUUUCGAUCUUCCGGCAACUGGUUCAGAUCGUGAACAACGUUUGACUUCAAAUAAUGUUGCUACAAGUGGGAAGGCUCACAGUGCUACUUCGUCCUCUCCAAGUGCUCCUAUUGUGAGUGCACCUUCGGCCAGCGGCAACCCAGGAAGUGCGGUCCCUGGAAUCACUGGACUAACGGCAUCACAGGCCAACAAAUCUGAUAGGUUUCAGCGGAAGGUGCUUCUUGCGACGGCAAUAAUAAGAGUACUGGACAGCAGCGGUAACUUCCAGGAGGCGCGGGCCUUACUGGAUGGAGGAAGCGAAACCACAUUUAUAUCGGAGUCUUGCGUGCAGAAGUUGGGCUUAAAACGGUUUAAGUCUGAUGCCCCAAUCACAGGACUGAGCUGUACUCCUAUAAGCGGUUGUAGGGGAGCAGUUAACCUAACCAUGGCACCUAGGCUGACGGAUCAGCCUAUGCUAGUGACCACGGCUACAGUCUUAAAUAAAGUUACCCAUAACCUGCCUGGAUAUUCGUUGCCGGCCCAAUUAGCGGAUAAUUAUCGCGGACUGUAUCUUGCGGAUGAACAGUUCUUUGUCAGUCGGCAGAUUGAUAUUUUAAUAGGCGAAGACAUACUUGGUGACAUCAUACUCAGCGGACGUAUUAAAAUCAAUGACCACAUUCCACGGGUAACGAACACGGUGUUCGGCUACGCGUUGUCGGGUCCAGUCACUAUUGCGGCGUCCCCUCAAGUUUCCUGUGCGUCCCAAGUCUUCUUCUGUAGUACAAGUACAGAUCGGAUUUUAGAGCGGUUCUGGGAAGUGGAGGACAUUCCAGUUAAUAUAGAAAGCCCCAAGGAUCUGGAAUGUGAGAAGAUGUUUAAGGAAACCCAUCGACGGGUUGGAGAGGGCAGAUAUUCGGCACGGUUACCUUUUUUAUCUGAUGCCCCUGAGAUAGGAAAUACUGUGCCAAUAGCCAUGAAGCGGUUCUUGGCUAUGGAGAGGCGGCUUCUCGUGAGCGGCAACGAGGCUUUUAGAAAUAAGUAUGUUGGGUUUAUGCGGGAGUAUUUGGAGACUGGACACAUGUCUUUGUGUAAUGGGGAACCAAAGGACUAUACAAGUGAUAGCUAUAUCAUACCACAUCAUGGAAUUUUUAAGGCGGAUUCUGACAAAAUUCGUGUUGUUUUUGAUGCUAGCUGCGCAUCAGCUAAUGGAGUCGCCCUAAACGAUUGUUUACAUGCGGGUCCAAAGCUACAGCGAGACAUCGCGGAAAUCAUGAUGGAGGAUGAUGUUUAG